CCCUCAGAGAUAAAGAUGAGUGCCCAUCUGCAGUGGGCAGACAGAGCAGGCAAAGGCCCAAGUGUGAUAAUCAGCUCUGAUCCUGCUGUGUUUGAGCUUCAGGGCUACCGACGUGGCGUGACUCAGCAAGAACAGUGGAGUCAAAAAACUGAUGAGUCACGCUUUGCUGGUUUCUCUGCCAAGUGGUCACUUGCCAGAACUUUAAAUUCCUUUAAAUAUCUUAACAAACAUGAAGCAGUUGCUGACUCAUGCUGGAGCUACUGAAUUCCCCCCACCCCCCUUGGCAGCUGUACUGAUGUGAUAGAUUUUUCCAGCACUUUCUUUCUGGGGCUUUCAUAAAUGCAGUGUCAGUAAUAAGCCAUAUUUGUGAAUUUUUUUGGAGAGUAGAUCCAAAUUAAUUCAGAUUUGGGAUGAGAAUGUUGGUCAUGAACUGGUAAUUGUUGCCCAGUUACUGCCUUGGCAGUACACAGGACAAGCACCGGUGUGGCAAUGUGGAGAGAGUGGGACAUGUUAGAGCACUGCAGCCCUGUGCUGCCAGUGAGUUUAACCUGAACUUUGCGAUAUUCUGCCUUUUCAAAUAGCUUGACACUUUCUUGUCUCACUGUGUGAAGUUGAGGUCUUUGCUCUCUUCUAGUAAAAGGGCUAUUAACAACUGGAAAAACAAACCAGAUGGGGUUAUCCUGCUCCAGGUGUGGCAUUCCUUUGAUGCACAUAGACAAGCUUAGAAAUCCAGAUUACGUUUGGACAUUGCUGAGCUUCUGCUUGGCUCUCCACGUGGCCGUGGCUCAGUGUCUGCCCGUGUUCCCCCAGGCCAACGCGGACCCGUCCGUGAUCAGCUGCCUGCACAACCUGUCGCGCAGGAUCGCCAUCGUCCUGCAGCACGAGGAGCGCCGCUGCCAGUACCUCACCCGCGAGGCCAAGCUCAUCCUGGCCAUCCAGGACGAGGUGUCUGCCAUGUCAGAGACCACAGAAGGGCCCCAGUCACCUUUUCAUCACAUCCUACCCAAGUGCAAGCUGGCCAGAGAUCUCAAAGAGACAUAUGACAGUCUCUGCACGACAGGGGUGGUUCGUUUACACAUCAACAACUGGCUGGAAGUGAGUUUCUGCCUUCCUCACAAAAUCCACUAUGUUGCCACCAACUUCAUCCCCCCAGAGGCAAUUGAGAGAAGUCUGAAAUCCAUCAGGCCUUACCAUGCCUUAUUACUUUUAAAUGAUGAGAAGUCAUUGCUUAAUGAGCUCCCGUUGGACUGCUCUCCUGCCCUGGUGAGAGUAAUUAAAACUACCUCUGCUGUGAAGAAUUUGCAGCAACUGGCUCAGGAUGCUGACUUGGCAUUGCUGCAGGUUUUCCAGCUUGCAGCACAUCUUGUUUACUGGGGCAAAGCAAUUAUUAUUUAUCCUCUUUGUGAAAACAACGUCUACAUGCUUUCUCCAAAUGCCAGUGUCUGCCUUUACUCUCCCCUGGCAGAUGCCUUCUCCUGUCAGUUCCGAGGUCACAACCUGCCCUCCAUGCUGGCCAAGUUCUCCCUCCCCGUGUCCCUGUCUGAGUUCAAGAACCCUCUGGCGCCGCCUGUGCAGGAGACCCAGCUGAUCCAGAUGGUGAUCUGGAUGCUCCAGCACCGGCUCCUGAUCCAGCUCCACACCUACGUGUGCCUGAUGGUGCCCCCGAACGAGGAGGAGUUCCGAGCCCAGGAUGAGGACAUGCCCUUCACUGCCAGGGUUGGGGGACGAAGUUUGAGCACCCCCAACGCUCUCAGCUUUGGCUCUCCAACCAGUAGUGAUGACAUGACUCUGACAAGCCCUAGCAUGGAUAAUUCCAGUGCUGAGCUGAUACCUGGUGGGGACUCACCCCUAAAUAAGAGGAUGACAGAGAAUCUCCUGGCAAGCCUGCUGGAACACGAGCGGGAAGCCAUCCUGAAUGUCCCAGCUGCCCAGAAUCCAGAAGAUCUCCGCAUGUUUGCAAGGCUGCUGCACUACUUCCGAGGCCGGCACCACCUGGAGGAGAUCAUGUACAACGAGAACAUGCGGCGCUCCCAGCUGCUGAUGCUGUUUGACAAGUUCCGCAGCGUGCUGGUGGUCACCAGCCACGAGGACCCCGUCAUCUCAGUGUUCCAGUCACUGCUGAAGUGACUCUGCUGGCACAGGAGGGAGGAGCCUGCUGAGAGUCUAAAGGAUGACUGAAAACUGAAGGAGGUGGUUUCAGUUCCUUCUUGCUGUGUGACACGCAGCAGCAGUUGUGCCCCUCGGUGCCUCGAUGCUCCCUGAGGCUCCGGGACCUGCUGCAGGACAGCACGUGCUUGCUCAGCCUGGAUUCCUGCCCUGCCACCUUCACAGCCCUUCCCUGGCCCUGCUGCUCCCCAGGGAUCGUCAGAGUGGGACAAGAGGGUUCUGCUGUGGCGCUGCUGGCAGAACAUCACCUUUGGGGGGACACUGGUGCCCUGGGAGUGCUUCCUCUGCUCUCCAGCGUGACUGCUGGGACACUCAGGCAGGAGAGGCUGGCCCCAGGGCACAGCAUGCAUGGCCCUGCUCCAGGGCUCAGGGGAGCUGGCCUGGCUGAGGGAAAUGACCCUGGGCACCCAGGAGUUCUGUUUGAUCUCGCAGCAGCGAGGACAGAGGUGGGAAGGCAACGUAUCACAAGUAAAUGAAAUUGUGAAUGAAUGA